AUGCUUCCCAUCUCCAAAGGUAACGGUCCUUCCCCACCGUUGUACCCAGUCUGGCAAAUGACUGCCAAUAGCGAGCUUGCCUAUAAGCAUGAGAGAUGCAUAAGUAAUUCCACGCCAGACAGUUUGCGGGUCCCAAAGGUUUCGCAAAGGGAUAGAAAAGCCGAUGGAGGCGAAGAAGAGAGGGACGAGGAGCCGAUUCUGGAUCUGGCCGAGGAACUUUUCGAAGAUGGCGCGGACAUCCCACCCAACGACGACGCUGAACAAGGUCAAGGUCAUGGCAAAGAAGCUAGUCCGAUUUGGGGUGACAGCAAGUCCAAAAAAAGCAGUGAUUGGUCUUCCUAUUGUCCAACCAAGGUUAUAAUGUUGUUGACGGCCGAGGUGUGGUAUGAUGGAGGCCAUGAUGAGGCCUACAAUGUCGUCCAGAACCGCAGCUGGACGCAGAAAGCCAAGCGGGAUGCGUCUGGCGGAUGUACCGAGUUGAGGCGGCCACUCUGUAAUCCGCGACUAUUUAAUGGAGGCGUACCACUCGAACGCUCCCAACAUAUUCGCCAACUCUGGCGGAGCUCGUGUACGACAAGCGAUUAA